AUGUCUACUUCUAUUGAAUCUUCACUUAGUCGUGAAAGUGUUUUAAAACAAAUAAGUGUCAGUGAAAGCAAUCACUUUCGAGGGAAUAAUGGGGGCAAUGAAAAUUUAUCUCUUUGUUCAGCAUCGAAACGUUCAUCUCAAAAAUCUUUGGCCCAUUCAACGGGUAGUGGGACAACAACUAUUUUAGUUGGUGGCCAAGAAGAAGAUUUGGAUGACAUACCAGCUUAUGUAAUUAAAAUAGGAUCUACAGCUUCAAUUACUUGUGAACUAAAUAGUGAUUGUAUUUCAAACCUUUCAAAUAUUGAAUGGAUUCGAGGACAAAAUGAGCAAAUUGUUUUUACAGAGAAUGGCAAAUUUGAAUGUCACUUUCACGAUUUUAUAAAUGUUUUGGUUAUUUAUAAUGUUAGCCAUGAAGAUGGGCAAUUAUAUUCUAUUAAAAUAAAUGGAGAAAUAUAUCCCGUCGCUUAUUUAAUUAUUGAAGAAAAUAAUGAAGAAGAGGAGGAAGAAAUUGGAGAUGAUUUUGAAUCCUCUCAUCAACAAAAUCGAAAUUCUUUUAUUACAAAUGAGGAAAUAUUUUUAACUUCUCCCCAAACACAAUUUGUAAUGCAGGGGGAGACAGCAAUUAUUUCUGUUUCAAUGAAUAGAGCCAAUUUAGACGUUUAUUGGCAUAAAGAUGGCCAAAUUUUGGAUAAAUCAAAUGGAGAUAAUCGAAUUUUAUUUGAAAGUACAACAAAUGGAUGGUAUAGAAUAAUUGUACAAAAUGUUCAGUUUUCUGAUCAAGGAUUUUAUUUUGCCCAAAUUGGUGAUAAAUUUACUAGUGUUCAAUUAAUUGUUGAAGAUAGAAUUGAUGAAAAAGAAGUUCAAGUUUCCUCUGCAGAAACCGAUGAUGAGGAUUUAGGUGAUUACCUUGUUCCAAUUGGUUCAACUGCCACUAUUGCUUGCGAGUUAGAAAAUGUUAGUUUUGGUUAUCGUUUACAUUGGCAACGUAAUCAUAAAGAUUUGGAUUCAAGAAUUGUUUCAGAUGAAGGAAAAUUUGAACAUGUAGUAAAUGGAACGAAACAUUAUUUAAUUAUACACUGUGCACAACCAUUUGAUUCUGGUAAAAUUUUAUUUAAUAAUUUGCCUUAA